UGCCACGCUUGCUGGGGUGCCAUGGGGACACUGCCCCAUGCCAGGGGAUGCUCCGGAGCCCCUGAUCCAGUGGGAGGUGUCCCUGCCCAUGGCAAGGGGUGGGAUUGGAUGGGCUUUGAGGUCCCUUCCAACCCAAACUGUUCUCUGAUUCCCUGCUUCCAUGGCGCUUGCAGCCCUGCUGCGUGUGCAGCCACCACUGUGGUGAGCAGCAUCCUCCCUUCCCGACCAACCACAUCCUCCCCUCCAAACCCCGCUGGCUUGGCCCGGCCGUGCGGUCUCCGCUGCUGAGGUGGCACCGAUCUCCUGGGGGGUGACAGGGUGACAUCUCCUGCUGCAUCCCACCGGCUGCGCCACCAGGGUGCCCAGGGACCCCCCGCAUAUUUUAAGGGGGGGCUCAGCAUGGGAGGAAGCCACCAGCCUUGGCCGAGGGCAUCGUGGCGGCAAGAGGAAGCGACGGCGGCUGCCGGUGCCUCGCGACGGCGCGAGGACAGCCACCCGGUGCCAUGCCGGUGACGGUCACCCUCGCCGGUCCAGCGCCGUGGGGCUUCCGCAUCACUGGAGGAAGAGAUUUUGGGAAGCCCAUCACCGUCUCCAAGGUGAUGGAGCGUGGGAAGGCGGCCGCGGGCGACCUCCGCCCAGGGGACACCAUCGUCUCCAUCAACGGGGAGAGCACAGCCGAGAUGCUCAACGUGGAGGCGCAGAAUAAGAUCAAACAGAGCCUGGCGCAGCUCCAGCUGCAGGUGGAGAGGUCCCCAAUGUCACCUCUCAGCCACACCAAUGGGGACACCUCACCGGAGAUGCUCUCCACACGCUUCCAGGCAGCGCUGCGGAUGCAGGAUGAGAACCAGGGUACCCCGAGAGCCUCCUGCUCCAACCCAGCAUCCCUCAUCCCCCUGCCCGGCAGCGCAAGCUCACAGCCCCUGGAGGAGGAGCAGCUCGCCCGUCCAGGCCUCCAGCAGAAUCGAGGAAGCUUGAGCUGCCAGAACAGCUCGCAGGGGUCGGUCCUGCCCCCACCCCCGCGCCCCCCCUCACCGGGGGCCCCCCCAAACCCCUGGGAGUUGUACAGAGAGCGGCGCCGCUCUUCAUCCUCUUCCAGCCCCUGCCACAGCCUGGGCUCGGAGCCGGCCAUGCGUCGCUUGGAAGAGGAUUCCGAGGUCUACAAGAUGCUGCAGGAGAACCGGGAGCUGCGGGCGGCCCCGCGCCAAUCCAGCACCUUCCGCAUGCUGCAGGAGGCUCUGGAAGAGGAGGGCGGAGCCCCUUUUCCCAGCCGGCUCUCGCCCAGCGCCCGGAAACCCACGGCCGGAGUGCAGAAAGUGCACAUCUGCGAGAAGUGCGGCAGCACCAUCGCGACGCAGGCGGUGAGGAUCCAGGACGGCCGUUACCGGCACAUAUCCUGCUACGCCUGCGCCGACUGCGGCCUCAGCCUGAAGCUGCGGGGCCACUUCUGGGCUGGCGAUGAGCUCUACUGCGAGAAACACGCCCGGCUGCGCUACCAGGGGGGUCCCCCUGCCCCCCAUGUGCCCCCCAAUGCCUGAACCCCCACCUCAUCGCUCCCAUAUCCCAUCGCUCCCUGUAUCCCAGAUCUCCCAUCACCCCAUGGCUCCCCACAUCCCAUAUCCAUGGCUCCCAUCGUCCCAUGGGGGAAGCUGGGUGCCUGCACCCCCUUGUCACCCCCCACCCCCCAACCCAGGACACCCCUUUGGGGGGGAUCGAGGGCAUCACCGGGUUGUGGAUGGGGGGGAUGCGCUCUUCCCCUCACACGUGUGAUGAGUUGGUGCCGUUCUCAGCCCGGGCUGAGA